AUGAACUUCACCCUGGGACCCCCGGCGUCCGCCGACAGGGAACCCACCAGGCGGCCCACAGCAGCUGCGGCAGCAGACGAGGCCGACCCCGUCCCGCCGAGCUGCCCCGGGGAUGGCGGGGAAGAGCGGACUGUCGCUCCCCCGGGUCCGUUUCCCUCCCGGCCACGUCGUCGGAGCCUUGUGACACGCUGGCUUGGCGGCAAGACCGAGGGGUGCCCCAAGCUGGCUGCCGCGGCCGCGCUGGCGCGCCGGCCGCCCCGCCGCACGGCGGCUACCGAGGCCCGGGCACGGCGCCCCGCCGCUCCCCCGACCGAGCCUCGGCGGGAGCCGAAAUACCGGAUCAAAACUUUCUUCUCUCCACCCACUGGGGGAUAUAAAUAUUCGGGAGGGCCGGGCCCCGGAGAAGGUGGGGAGGGGAAGCAGGUGGCACGACGUCGCCCGUGGCCAGCGGGGACGUGCGUGGAGCCGGGGGAGGAAGGUGGGCACGAGUGCUGCCGGCGACGAACACCGACAAUAAAACACGGCGCAGGCAGCGCCGUGCCAGGGACGGGGAGCGGAGCGGGGGCCGGACCGAAUCACAAGUUGUCUUUACCUUCCUCCCGGGAGGAGCGCCGUGGUGGAUGUCGCUGCUCUGCCUCUCGGCAAGAGGGCUCUUCAAAGGACAAUCUGAAGAAAUCGGACUGCCUGCACUGGAAUGCUCACAGAGCUUGUCUCGUGUAUGGUGCUGAUGGCUGGGACACAGAUAGAGGCCCAGAAAGGCACACAGGUGUAAAAGAUCACAUGGCUCCUAAACAAACACCAACAAAAAUAUACAUUGCUUUUAACUAACAGAAAGUGAAAAUCCUCAAGAUGUCUGAUUUCAAGGGAAAUUUAAAAAUGAGGAUGAACAGUUCAAAUUUUGACGUCUGUGACCAGGAUUUUUGCAGUCAUUCUAAAGUGAAAACCAGGAGGAGAGGCAUCAGGAAAAGGGUAUGUGCAACUUCCUGUGCUGGCUGAGUCCCACUGAGCACAUGAAGCAGCUGGUGCUGACGAGGCACCUUUGGAUGGUCCCUGUAUGAUGCGGUGGGUCUAACUGCAGCUGUCACAUGAGCAGAAAAGAGCAACUAAGUAAAGGGCAGGUCAAUCACCACCAACACCCCAGCCAACAGUAACCCAAACCUCCAUGGAGAGACAGGAUUAUGAAGCCCAUUAAAGUGGGACACCAUGUAGCCCAGAGUUUGACUAAGGUAUAUGUCAGUGUCACAUUGCCCACAGUCAUCUGUGGAGCUAGGCACCUUUGCCUACAAUGUGCUACUGACAGUUCUUCAGCUCCUGGGCCACUUCUAGCCCUAA